UGCCCUGCUUAAAACCGUUAUCCUCCCCAGCUAAAGUCCCCAACUCGCAUAAACACCACAAUCCCCCUGCGUUCCUGCUCCUGCCCCGCAAUCCCCUCUGUAUUUCCGCGCGACUGCUCACAUUCUUCUUCACGAGGAGUCCAACGAUUCAGAGGUUACCUUUCCCGCUCUGUCUCUUCUGCAGGACAUCGGGGCAGAUUCAACUAGGACGGGUUUUAACUUUCGUCGCUCGGGGGGUGGUCUUCACUGCCCAUUCGUGAUUCUCAUACUUCAGUGUCUGAAUUUGGCUUCUUAUAUUUGAGAAUUUUUUGCGCCAGAGCGUUGGAUUCUAGGGUUGCAAGAGAUUCUAGAAUGUUAUUGUUAGCUGUAUUUGUGAGCAAUGUGCAAUUCCACAGUGUCCGCUUGGGCUUUGUGAGCAGCAUUUCUUAGGGGCGUGAAAAAUGUUGGGUUUCUGUACACGCCUCUAAUGAGCGCUUCCACGGUUUUGUGCGACAAUUUAAUCUGUUUUAAUUCGAGUAUUUGUCAUCAUAACUCAAUUUCUUCGCACUGCUCAUCAAAUAUACUUGUUGGUCCACUGAAUAAGGGAAGAAGACAGGCCCGUGGGUUGAUUCCCAGUGCAAAGAAAAACCACCCAAGGAAAAGAAGUACUUGGUGGCAGAAGUUCUUCUUUGACGAUGAUGGGAAUUGGUUGGGUCUGAAAGAUGACGACAUGCUUGAGGAGGCUUGUGAAAGCUCAAGUGAGGAUGAGAUAUCUGCGGACGAUAAAUUUGAAGCGUGGAAGAGUAGAGCCGAGGCGAUCAUGGAGCUAAGGGAAGCACAGGAAGACAUGAGGAAUGAAGAGAGCCGGCGGUGGGAGGAUUGGAUUGUUGAUGGAACAAAUGAUGCCGAUGCCUUUUCAUGGGGUCAAGACGGGAUCAUCAGAGGAAGUGGAGAUUCUGGAGAAGAUAUUGAGGCAGAUCCAAGUAAGAUAAUUCCUGUUAAGGGCUUGGUUGAGAUGGUGAGGGAUAAGAUCCUCGGAAGAGAAGCUGAUGACAUGCUAUAUGAAGACCGUGUUUUCCGAUAUGCCUCAACAAAUUCGGCUAAAUUUUUGGCAGUGUUGUUAAUUAUCCCUUCGGCAUUGGAUUUUUUGGUUCAUGAUUAUGUUCUCAUGCCCUUUUUAGACAGGUAUGUGAAGACUGUACCGCUUGCAGCAGAGAUGCUUGACGUGAGACGACAUCAGAAGCUCGAAAUGGUUAAGGAAUUGAAAUUGACAAAAGCAAGAAUCCAACUUGAGGUAGAGAUUGGUAAAUCCCCACCUCUUUCUGAUGAGGAGACUUGGUGGGAGUUACGGCAUAAAGCAUUAGAGUUGCGAGAUGAAUGGAGGUUAGAGAACCGUAGAGCAUUUGCCAAUAUAUUUUCGGACGUGGUGUUUGGAAUCUCAUUGUUCAUUCUUCUAUACUUCAAUCAGAGUAAAGUAGCUUUGCUGAAAUUUACGGGGUACAAGAUAAUAAAUAAUAUUUCAGACUCGGGGAAGGCAUUCCUCAUCAUACUUAUCACAGACAUUUUCUUAGGGUAUCAUUCUGAAUCAGGUUGGCAGACUUUAUUAGAGAUUAUUGCUCAGCAUUAUGGGAUUGAGGUUGACCAGUCUGCUAUCACCAUUUUUGUCUGCUUUGUUCCAGUUGUCAUUGAUGCAUGUGUGAAGCUUUGGGGUGAUCAGGAGGAUGAAAGAAGAAAAAGAGAAAGUUGUUCAAAUUCCUUCCACGAUUAUCUCCAAGGGUGGCAAAUAUUUUUCGGGAAAUGAAGCGUCACUAGUGAGACCUUUUGCUUGGAUUUUUUCUCACAAUCUGAGUGUACCAUGAAAGGUAGCAUGUAUUACCCAUUCUAUAUUUUUUCCCCACUUUUAAGUAACAUUUUAUGUAAUCUCCAUUACACAGGUCAAUUUUGAUUUGCAAGUUUUUUAUCUUCUCCCGGGAACAAGGACUCAGGCAAAUUGAUAUUGUAGCUCAAUAUUUUAUAUGAUGUAAUGGCCUAUGGUUGUAUAAUCAGUCUAACUGAUUCAUAAUGCAGUGAAUUACUAUAAGGUAGUUAUUUUCAAUUUUUACUCAAGAUCAUAUGUUUCAUAUAUUUUUGUACAGAAUCGUUGAUCUCUAUAGUAUGAGCAGAUCGUCUUUCACUUCA